UCACAGCACAUUGAAUACAAUCAGAAUCAAGUCAUUCAUUCAAUUGUGACAACUGUUUUUGUUGUGUGUGCUGUUUGUUGUGUAUUGGUUAGAGAUGAUAAUUGUGAGGAACUGUGACUGAAAAUACCACAUUAAUACUACAAAAAUUCCUAAUUUUAUAUGUUCUUUAUCUCUAUGGAUGAAGCGGUAAAACUAUGAAAACCAUUGAAGGAAAAGUUGUUGUAUUAGGUGCUCAAGGUGUGGGUAAAACUAGCAUGGUUGUGAGAUACAUUGGCAAGAUGUUCAGCCACCAUAUAAGCCCUACAAUCGGAGCAUCCUUCUUUACUUGUAAAAUCAAUAUUGAAGAUACCAGAAUAAAACUGCAGGUGUGGGAUACAGCAGGGCAGGAACGGUUUCGCUCCAUGGCACCCAUGUACUACCGCAAUGCUAACGCAGCCCUUCUAGUCUUUGAUAUAACACACUACUACACAUUCACUUCCAUCAAGUCCUGGGUCAAAGAGCUCCAGAGGAAUGUAGAGGAACCACUAGUGCUCUGUAUUGUAGGCAACAAGACAGACUUAGAGCAUCAACGGAAAGUUCCCAAGGAAGAAGCUCUUCAGUAUACUCAGUCAAUUGGAGGAACAUACUUUGAAGUUUCUGCUCUCCAUGAUCAAGGAAUAGAAGACGUGUUUCUGAACACUGCGAUGGGAUUAAUGAAUCUCAGCAAGGACUCGCUGGUAACGAGCCUGCGUGUGUACGAUUCUACUGACAAACCAGAUGCAUCCCUCCUAUCAUCAGGUUACGGUCCCACAAUACAUGCUCAUGACCCGGCACCUCACGCUGAAACAGCGAAGCCCUCCCUCUGCUGCUGAGUCUCUUCUGUCACACUGCUAGUAUUUCCGUUCCGUCCAGGUCAUACAAAUCCAAAUACUCUUUCCAAUGCAGCUAUUUGCUUAGCACUUUUGAUGACCUACAUAUUUUUUUUUACUAAGUGAGCGGUGAUGUUAUUGUAACUGUCAUAGUUUUAGUGUUUGUUACAACUUGGAUACAUCAAGUAUAAAGAGGUUUGAGAAAGUUGUCAGGACGGUGAUAUAUUUUUAUAUUUAUAAAAAUGUAUAUACAUAUUUUGUA